AUGUAUUUUGGAAGUCUGCCAAUUUUACUACUGCUGUGCUUUGGUAUUGUCAGCUCAGGUGAAAGUUGUUUAAUACGCUCCUCCAUUAACAUACUUGAAGAAGAACAUUUCUCAAAUUGUUGUCCUGGAAAUCAAGAUGAAGGGUAUAAUGUAACCUGGUAUAGAGAAAAAGAAGGAAAACAGACAUUAAUUCGACAAGGAAAGAGAAUAGUUCUGAAUGGGACUUCUUUGCAGUUUUGGCCAGCUCUAUUGAAUGAUACUGGAAAGUACAUUUGCACUCACAGUAAUGGAGCACACAGCACCAACCGUUCUUGGGACUUGAAUGUGCUCCCCAAAAAUAAAGGAAGUUGUUUAACCACAAAUCAUACGUCAUCUGGUUCUCCUGCAAUACUUGGAAAAGGUUAUCUGUUUUCAUGCAGUGCUGCGAGCUAUGGUGGAACGGUUGUCAAGAAAACAUGGUAUAAGAACUGCCUCUUCAAAACAGAGGAGGAAUUGUACAUAGGAAAGCUAACACCUGAGGAUUCUGGGAACUACACGUGUGUGGCAUCCUAUCUUCAUGCAGGAAAGAUAUACAGUGCCACGAACACAAUAGAAAUACAAGUGAAAGAAGAAGAUCCUUAUACAAAGCCAAAGAUAAUAGGACCUGACUAUGAAGAAGUCGAAAUAGAAAUAGGUAAAGAGAAGAUGAUCAACUGCACAGCAUUCUUAGGUUACUCUAACAAUUUGCUCAGUCUUUAUUGGAGACAGGAUAAUAAAUUUUUAAAUAUGUGUAAAGAUACCACAGAUAGCGCAUCUCCUUGUGAAAUGGAAGACCAUGAAUAUUAUGAAGGCGGCAAAUUCUUUGUCUUGAAGCAAUUGUGGAUUAAAAGUUUUCAAGAGGAAGACAUCAAUGCCGUAUACAACUGCACUUUAUUAGCUGCACGAAGCACAAAUGCUGAAACAAAAACAUUUACACUGAAGAAAGUUAAACCUUCAGAUCUCUCCCCACACACCUUUGCUACCGGAAUGAUCGUGGCGAUACUGUGUUCCCUUGGUGCCGUUGUGGUGAUGAUUCUAUGUGUUGUAUUCAGAGUUGACCUUGCUUUACUGUACAGGGAUCUAGCAGCAAAAGAUGAAACUCUGGGAGAUGGGAAAAUAUAUGAUGCUUUUGUGUCUUACCUGAAAGACUGUGUACCAAUAUGUGGUGAAGAGAGAGAGUUUGCUGUGGACGUAUUGCCAAGAAUAUUAGAAGAGCAUUUUGGAUAUAAAUUGUGUGUCUUUGAAAGGGAUAUUUCUCCUGGAGGAGCUAUCAUUGAUGAUGUCCAAUCAUUUAUUGACAAAAGUCGAAGAUUAAUUAUUAUACUGAGCAAGAAUUACAUUUCUGACAAAGUCAUGUUUGAGCUUGAAGCUGGAUUGCACAAGGCCUUAGUCGAAAGGAAGAUCAAAGUAAUAUUGAUAGAAUACAUGCCUUUAAGUGAUUUUAGUUUCUUGCCUGAUUCACUGGAACUUCUUUCAUCCAGACAGAGGAUAAAAUGGAAAGAAGAGAAAUCUCUCCCAUUAAAUUCCAAAUUUUGGAAGAAACUCCGCUAUGCGAUGCCUGCAAAACCUACUUCGGCAGACCACCUGGAGGAGGAGAAACGUAUCCCGCCCAUGACGGUGGCAGGUGACAGCGUGCCACUGCCACCACAGCCGCACGCACACGAGUGGAAAGUCCGUGCCCUCUCCAAGUGCCCCUGGUUUCCUGGAACAGUCCCGUUUUUCGGAGGCCGGCCUCCCCCUCAGGUCUUUCACGGCUCCGCUCCGGGAAUGUCCCGGAUUCUACCCAGAUAA